UACAGCCAGAUCUAAGGACUUGCCUCAUUCACUCUAGCUGCACAGGUUGUUAGGGAGGGGAGAAAGAGUGAAAGAGGGAAAACAAGAGAGGUAGAGCAGAAUAUUAGCAACUGCUGGAGAGGGAAAGAGGACAGGAGGUAAAAAAAGAGAGCCUUUUCAGUUUGUUGUUUUUCUAAGAGAAGAAGGGAGCCAAGGUCUGAGGGAGUGAGGCAGGAGAGAGAAGACAAGUCUUCAGGAGUGGGACUACCCAGCAGUGGGAGGUUCCUCCAGGGAGGUUAUAGUGAUUAUUGGCAGCGGUCUCUCCUUUCCGCUGGGAGUCAGACCCCCAGGAUCCAGAGCCAUGGAUCCCUCUGUGUCGACCGAGGUCGAUGGGGAGCCCAAGGAGAGAAGGAAGAUCCAGUUUGCUGUGCCGGCCUCCGCACCAACUAACCUGGACCCUCGGCAAGUGGAGAUGAUCCGGCGCAGGAGGCCCACACCGGCCACGCUGUUUAGAGUAGCCGACCAGUCAUCCCCUGAGGAUGAUCAGUCCACCCAUCAGGUAAAGUGGGUAGUGGGAGAAAACGGAGUGCUCAAGCCAAAACGUGUCAAUCCAAACGUGUAUCAGCCUCCAUCUCUCAGAGCUGUGCAGAAGAUGGCUGAAGCACACAUGCAGAACCUAGGUGUUUACCCCCCUUUGGAAGACCCUUGUGAAGGGGAGGAGGAGGAGGACCACUGGCAGGGACAGGAGGGAGAGGAUACAUCUCCCACCAAAGCAGCUGAUCACCAAGAGACGGCGACCAUUGAGCAACCCGAAAAGUUUUCCAGCGUUAGAGAGACGGCCAAGCAGAUCCAAGCAGCACAGGAGGAAGAGGAGGAGGAGGAUGAUGAUGGGGACAAAAUCAAGGAAACGACUGAGGAGAACAGUCGGGGGAGUAACUGAGAAAGAGAGAGAGAGAGCAGGGAAAAUAAAUUGUAGGGAAGAAUUUGGGAGAGUGAAGGUGUUUUGUGAAAUGGUUAAAAUCUGAAGAGCUCAGAAGAGAUGAGGCUGUUUGUUGUCAAUGUGUAGAGACUGAAGUGAGGUUGCAAGCUGUGGGUCAACUAAAUGAAAGAUACUUCCAUGAAAUCAAACAUGUGAGUGAAAGAUUUCUGAACUACUUCACCUCUAAAGGGUGAGGUGGAUUAAAGAGAGGACAGAGAGGUAGGUUUUGUAUUAGGAGUCAGCCCUUAUGAGCAGGUGAAGAAUGAUCUACUGACAGAGCAGACUAUAGACGCCACUUUGGCCCUAAUGUCCCUUUGUUUAUAAUGAGAGUGGAGGGGCCAAGGUCAACAUGACCAAAUACCCUGUAAGACCAGUCCUCCCUCGACCUUAAUGCUUCUGCACAGCUAAAUGUUCCUUUAAAGAGGGUAAUAGUUUUAACAGUAAUCACAAAAACACACACAUAAACUUUCUUGGGCACAUUUUUAACAAAGACUCUUAUAUGACCCUUUCAAAGGUACUUGAAGGUGUUUAAAUGUGUGUGGUGUUUGUUCCACUUUAUUUUGAAACCAUGGCCUACAUCAUUGUUCUGAUUUGCAGCAAAUUCAAUAUUUAGCCCUGUUAGUAAAUGUGCAUGUACUGCCAUCUCAUGGUGGAAAGUAGGAUUGACAGGUUUAAAGUGAUACACCAACCAAACAUAUUAAGUUUUUAUCAAGAGCUUAAAGUUAAAAUCCUUAAUAUUUCCAUAGAAUAAAAUCCAGUUUUAAUGCUAUUUAUGGUUGAAAUAAGCUAUUCAAUGUAUUCACACGGUGUAGCUGUGUCUCUGUACAAUAAUACUCAUUGUUAAAGCUUGAAAGGUGGUUGUUGGCAGUUUCAUCCAUCAAGAAGAACAUCAAAAGUUUCAUGUUAGUUACAAUUUAUAAUAAUAGUCUACUUCUAUUCUGCCUACCAUAUGUUAAGUAACAUUUUACAAAAUGUCAGCGAGCCUAUGGUCAAAAUAUGGGUUGGAGUAUCACUUUAAUUAUGACUUUUAAAAAAGCACCAAAAUGUCUGUAAUUGUGUUAAAUCCAUGAGCGAGUGAGUGUGUGUGUGUGUGUGUGUGUGUGUGUGUGUGUGUGUGUGUGUGUGUGUGUGUGUGGUGUGAGUGUGAGUGUGAGUGUGGUUAUUUCAUACCACACUUUUCACGUUACUUCAAAUUAAACUUUAAAGGGCAAAGCUACCUCUGAUUUGUUUGAGAUACAGAACCCAACCGUUGCCUCCACGCAUCGCGCAUUUGAACUCGACUCAUUGUGAACUGACAUCAUUAAGGAAUCAAAAACAUGUAAAUUUAAAAUCUUUUCCAACACUGUUGACUCAUUUGGGAUUUCACAGUGCUCACAGAUUCCCUUUUGUAUGUUAACACUUUUCUAUUGUCAUCUUUUGAAUUGUUCACUCAUGAUUUGUAUGCCAUGGAUCUGUUGUAAGAGCUAUUUUUCUAAUCUAAUGUCCAGUUUAUGAGUAGCUCCGCUCUGUCCUGUUUCUACUUUCUAUAUCUAACUUGCAAGUCUGCAUAAAGCAUUCAGCAGAGGAAGCCUAAAGCCAGGCACUGCAGUUACUGUAUGACUGACAUUUGAGCAAAAUGGUCACUGCACAAACUUUCUGUAGUCUUUUUAACCACAUAUAUUCACUUGGCAUCUCUUUUCUUGGCGUCAACAACAACUUUUCAAUGUUUUUAGUCAGAAUCUAUAUAAUUUAAUUGCUGGUUUAUCUGAAGAUGCAGCAUCUGAUGUAUUAGGUUUCCAUUUGUGCCACAGGAUGAAUAAAUCUUGCUGUUUGUAUCAUCUGGGUUUGUAUAUAAAAAUGGUGUGGAACUUUUUUAACCUUUGACCUGCCCAAAUUGUGGGAUGACUGGAUGAGCAGGUUGUGUGCGUUGAGGCUCUGCAGCCAACGCUGUCCUCCCUCCUCCGCUCUCUGUCCACCUCUCCCUCUCCUCCCGGGUCAGAAGAAAACAACCAUGGAAAGACAUGUUUGAACUCUUAUGCUUAUUCUGUCUUUAUUUUUAUUUUAUUUUUUUCCAUUACCUUGUUUCUCAAUGUGAUGUGGUUGUUUUAAAGUGAGCGACAAUAUAUCAAAAUAAACAGUUUCCCUUUUCUCCUUUAAA